GUGGCCUAUGACACAGGUGACUACUACCACUCCAUCCCGUGGCUGGAGGAAGCCGUCAGCCUCUUCCGCCUCUCCUAUGGGAGCUGGAACCCUGAGGACAGGAGCAGCCUGGAGGAUGCUCUGGACCAUCUCGCCUUCUCCUACUUCAUGGCUGGAAACAUCUCCCACGCCUUGAGCCUCUCCAGGGAGUUUCUUCACUACGACCCCAGUAACCAAAGGGUGGCAAAGAACGUGGCCAAGUACGAGAAGCUGCUGCAGACGGGGAUGGCAGUGAGCGCCGAACCCCUGCAACGCCCCAACGGCACCCGCCUGCAGAGCCGCGACGCCUACGAGGAGCUGUGCCAGCCCCCAGGGGGGCAGGUGGCCCCGGAGCAUCUCCCGCACCUCAGCUGCUCCUACGAGACCAAUGGCAGCCCCUACCUUCUCCUCCAGCCGGCCAAGAAGGAGAUGGUCCAGAUCCAGCCCUAUGUGGCUUUGUACCACGAUUUCAUCAGCGACGCUGAGGCUGAGACCAUCAAGGGGUUGGCAGGGCCCUGGUUGCAGAGGUCCGUGGUCGCCUCUGGGGAGAAGCAGCAGAAAGCUGAAUAUCGGAUAAGCAAGAGCGCCUGGUUGAAGGACACAGCCGACCCGGUGGUGCGGGCGUUGGAGCAGCGCAUCGCCGCCGUCACCGGCCUGGACCUGCGGCCGCCCUACGCCGAGUACCUGCAGGUGGUCAACUACGGGCUGGGAGGCCACUACGAGCCACACUUCGACCAUGCCACGUCCAGGAAGAGCCCCCUUUACAGAAUGAACUCAGGCAACAGGAUCGCCACAGUCAUGAUCUACCUGAGUGCAGUGGAGGCCGGCGGCUCCACUGCCUUCAUCUCCGCCAACUUCAGCGUGCCCGUGGUUAAGAAUGCGGCUCUCUUCUGGUGGAACCUGCGGAGGAAUGGGGACGGGGAUGGGGACACCCUGCACGCUGGCUGCCCUGUCCUGGCCGGAGACAAGUGGGUGGCGAAUAAAUGGAUCCACGAGCACGGGCAGGAGUUUCGGCGGCCGUGCAGCGCUGACCCACAGGACUGAGCCGCCAUGGGCUCCUGGAU